ACAGGAGAUUGAAUACAUGGAAAUUGACCUAAAGCAACAACAACCUUCGGAUAUUGGCGAGAAUAGUUUGUAAAACUAUUUAAAUUUAGCUACCGAUUUGUUUUUUUAGAAGUUUAGUUUGAGAAAGCUGUGUUGUCGGUGACUUUUUCACCUACGUCAACAUCUCUCCUCGUAACCGUCAGCAUGGCGGCUGGAGAUAAGCUGAAAGAACUGAAAAUGACUGUGGAUGAAAUCGACAGACUGUCAAAAGCUUUCAAAGACGAGAAAUUCAAGGAGAUGCUCCUCGAUUACGCCCAUGAGUUAUCAGACCCUGAAAAUAAGAAAAGGUAUGAAGAAGAGAUCAAACUUCUGGAACAGGAGAGAGGAAACACGAUUGAAUUCAUCCAUCCGAAACCAUCCAGGGCUCUCAAGACGAGUGUGAACGGCAAGCAAAAGUGUUUUAUCAACAUCUGCAGCAAUGACAAAGUUGGGAAACCUGAUCAUAAAUGGGGGGUGUCUGAGGAGGGGCGCAGGGGACAGCACUGGACCCUGCCUCACAGUCUACACCCAGGGAGAGAGGACACAGAUCCAAAGGGGAACAAGAUCGUGAUCUUUGAUGUCAUUUUCCAUCCUGACACUCUCCACAUUGCCAGCAGAGACAGAGGAUUUACAAAUAUGGUUGACAGCACAGCCAUCCAGGGAAUUCAGGAUCAUUUUAAAGUGACUCUGGAUAAAAACAACGUGAGGGAGAUAAAAUCUAAAUACAAAGGCACCAUGCAGCCCUGUGUCAUCCGAAAACCCAUACCUGGAUAUAAAAUGAGCAAGCCCUCAGAGGAGCCUGACCCUCUUGCAUUCCCAUACCCAGAUAACAAGAGACCUUUCCUGCAAACCAAGCCCACAAAAUCACCUCCUUCAAAAAACAUAAUUGAGGAUACACCGAAAAGCAUCCCGCCUCAGAAAGCCAAAGAGCCAACCAAGCCGAACUACACAGUUAAAUAUCGAUCGUUUACGGAUAUACAGGACUUCAGAUAUUCUCGAGACUCUGCCCAAAGCCCCAGGCCCAAAGAGAUAGUGGUUACGAUCAACAUGCCCCUUCUGAAAGCGGCCACAGAGGCCAGCCUUGAGGUGAAAGAGUGUCGGCUGCUGCUGCUGGAGUCCAAGAAACCAUCCUAUAGGCUGGAGCUGCCCUUAGCUUAUGCUGUGGAUGAAGAUAAAGGAGAAGCUAAGUUCAACAAACAGAAAGGACAGCUCACAGUUACACUGCCUGUCCUUCCUUCUAAUGAAGCUUUUGAUUUUGCUCUAGGGCAUGCUCAGACUAGUGUUAGUGAUGAUGAGAGGCAGGAGAAGAAAAAUGAGUUGGAAGAGGAAGGGGAUGAUCAAAAAUGCAUUGAGGAGGAUUUGAGAAAGCAUAUAAGGGAGGAGACAGUUGAAGAAGAGAGGGGUCAAGGUCAGGACAUAGGAAAGGAGCAGAUGAACAAAGGCCAGGAAUCUGAAGGAGAGAAGGAAACAUGGAGAAAGCAGAAGAGGGGAGGAGAAAAUACUAAAGAGGAAAUCAGUGUGGAGGAGGCAAAAUGCAAGGAAUCGGAAGAAAAAGGCCAAAAAGGUGUGGCUGAGGAGAAAUUCAAAGAGCAAAAGCAAAAAAGUCUAAUCGAAGUUGGAGAGUUUAACCUAGAGAAAAAGGAGCCACAUGGAGAUAAAAAGGAUCCUGGUUUUACAAGUUUUCAGGGCGACAGUGUUGAUGUUUCUGCUGAAGGAGGAAACGCAUUGCCUGUGGAGGAGACGCUUGUGGCCUCACCUGAAACAGAAAACCACAUUGUUUUAAUCCCUGCUGAACAUUCAAGUUCCAUAGGAAUACAGGGAGAAGUAAAUCCGGAAUCUUGUUUGGAGUCACCAACUAAACUGAAGACUUCAGACAUCAACGAGGAGACUGAAAAUAAAAAUGAGAAUGAACAUGGAAAUGAGGUGGAAGAUUCUUCAUUCCUACUUCAGAGAUCCAGUGAGGAAUCCCAAAUCUUCUUAGACGCUAAAGCUCAAAACAAAAUAAAGGGCUGCAACAUUUCCCAGGAGUCCAGUGAGAUGCCUGCAGCAGAGGAAGCAAACAAUUCAAGCAGAGGAGGUUCAGACAACGGUGUGUCCGCCUUCCCUGAGGAAUCGAGGAAGAGCAUGGAUGAAGACGACCUGCCGAUGGAACAAAUCUUCCGGACACUAGGGCCAGCAAGAAAGACACCAACUGCGAUAUUGAGGGAGAUUGAUGAAGAUGGGAAUGAAAAGGUCAUCAGUGAUCACUCCACAUCUGCUGGGUUCAUCUUCCAAAACUCCCUGAUGUUUGAGCUGGACUAAGGAGUGUGUGCAAAGCUUCAUAGGAGUUUGUAAUGCCAGUAUUUUUUCUGCAGUGUCGAAAAAUAAAAUGUUUUCAUAUUUUCAA